AACCAUUUUGUGUAAAUUAGUGAGGUCGGAUGAUGGCAAGCUUUGUGCUCAUCAUUCUAAUCAUAGCGACAAUAGUAACAGGAAAUGGGUUCUCCAAUAUUGACGAUGCUGAAGUAGAUCGACUCUUGAAAAAACUAAACAAACCUGCUCUUAAGUCCAUCAAGAGUCCGGAUGGAGAUAUUAUAGACUGCGUUCAUAUGAAAAACCAUCCCAUUUAUGAUCAUCCUUUAUUCAAAAACCACACCAUUCAGAUGAGACCAAGUUCUUUCCCAAAAGAAUGGAACAACGAAUCUUUAAACACCCAAAACAAAUCUAAUGUGAUGACUCAACUUUGGAGAACCAUUGGAAGAUGUCCAAAAAAUAGCAUUCCGAUCAUAAGAACGAGAAGGGAAGAUAUCUUACAAGCAAAAUCAAUCAGAACAUAUGGAAAAAAAGAACCUAACAGCUUCCCUCAACCAAAACCAGACAAUAAACCUAGAACCAACCGCACACAUUCGUACUCUAUAUUGGUCACAAAAGGAAGGUUUCAUGGAGCUAAGGCGACGAUAAGCUUAUGGAAGCCUUACGUACAAACACUAAGAGAGUUCAGCCUAGCACAGAUAUGGCUUGCGUCUGGCACGUCUCGUGACACUAACACCAUCGAAGCUGGAUGGCAGGUGUACAAAAGUUUGUAUGGUGAUUACAACCCCAGAUAUUUUAUUUACUGGACUGCCGAUGGAUAUCAGGAUACAGGCUGCUACAAUCUUAAGUGUCCAGGCUUUGUUCAUGUAAGUCAAGACUUUGCCAUAGGUGCAACCGUUAGUCCUGUCUCCAGCGUCGGUGGUGCUCAAUAUCAGAUUCCAACAUCUAUAUGGAGGGACACACGUUCAGGACACUGGUGGUUAAAAGUAUAUGACAACAUAUUUGUCGGGUAUUGGCCUUCCUCCUUGUUUACUACUCUAAAAGAUGUUGCAACAGAUGUGCAUUGGGGAGGAGAAAUAACUAAUAAUAGAGAUGGAUCACAACAUACAACAACGAAGAUGGGGAGUGGACACUUUGCAGAGGAAGGAUAUGAGAAGGCUAGUUACUUCAAAAAUAUUGAGAUAGUUGAUGAGGGUGAAAUUAUGAAACCACCUGUUGGAACUUCUCCUUUUAUGAGUGAAGAAACUUGUUAUAAUAUCAAACCUGGCACUGAUGUUCAUUGGGGGACUUACUUUUUCUUUGGUGGUCCUGGUCGAAAUGCUAAAUGUAAAUGACUCAGCUAAGUCAUUAUUUACUAUAUCAUCAUAUGGUACUUAUGGGUUGUUGCAAAUAAAUUGUAAGAGAAUCUGUCUUAAUAACAUACUAGAUCUGGAGGAACUCGUUAGAAGCCCGAGGAACGCCUUCCGUUCAUUCUUAUUCUUACUUACCAUAUGCAUUUUUCAAUGAAAGAUGCCGAGGUAGGUAUAUAGGGAAUUCAAUUACUUAUUACUUAUGAGUGGAGGGCUUCGCUUUUUUUCUAUAACCGCGCGGGUGUUAAUUUUUACUUUUACUUAUAUAGAUAUUUGGUUUUAUUUCAAGAAUGGUAUAUAUUAUAGUUAUAUAUAUGUGUAUAUGUAUUUUAGAAACAUAAGUAUCUUAUUCAUUUUUUUUGUUUUUCAUCAAAUUAAUUAUUUCAAAAUGUAACAUAUUUUUGUAUCUUCUUUUAUAUAUUUCUGUUUGUUGAAUUAGUGUUUUAUGAUUAAACACAUGAACAUGUAUACAGUUUUGUAAAAUAGAAAAUAAUUUUCAUUUCCAAAUACAUUGUAACAUUUCAGAACAUUAUAAAGUUUAAUAAAAAAUAUACUUAUAUCUUCUUAGAUUAAAUAGUAUGGAUUAUGUCUGAUAUAUGGUUUUAUUUAAUGAAUGUAUAAACCGCACAUGUUAAAUAGUCAAUGAUUGACUCAAGAUAAAUCCGUUUCGGGUUUUGUGAAAACAACCAAAAUUUAAAAACCCAAUAAAAUCCGCUAAAACCCAAAUCCGGUCACCAGUUGAACCACUGGUUAAACCAAUAGACAACUUUUAGUUUUUAAUUAUGUUUUUAAAAUCUAUUUUGUAUAAUUUUUAAUUAAGAAAUUAGGUUUUUCAGUUUUGUUAUCAAUAUUUUAUUAAUGAUUUUUACUUUUGGUAUAUUUUAGAUUUAAGGUUUAAUUUUAUUAGUCACAUUAAACACAUAACUAUUUAUAAUUUUUUAAGUCUUAAUAUAUUUUUGUUAGAUGUCAUAAAUCUUAACUUGUUAUUUUUUAAAAUAAUCUAAACUAUUUUUGAUAUCUUGUAUGCAAAAUAAAAAUAAAAAUAAAAAUAUAGAAAUUAAAGUUAAAUAUUUUCUAAUUUUUUUUAAACAUAAAAUAUUUACAUAUCCAAAAUGUUAUUUUAUGUUUUAUAUAAAUAUUAUAAAAUACUUAACCUUAGCUUUUAUAUAUUUAUUUUCAUAGCUAAUAUAUUAUUAUAUAAUACAAUUAAUUUAUAUAUUAUUAUGCCGAUCACCGGCGGUCGAUCCGAUGAUCUGAUGACUCAAAAGUUCAUCUGGUUUAGUGUCCGGGUCGGAUUUAAAAACAUUGAGUGGGGGUUAUUGGUUGGUGUAUUUUGAUGGAUUUAAAAAUCCAAACUAAAUCUAGUGUUAUUGGUUAUGUGAUUUUAAAAUAUGUAUUGAAAUCAUGUGUUAUUCGUUUAAUGAUUCAUAAAUUCUAAUUCAAAUCAAGUGUUAUUUAAUCAUACGGAUUUACUAAUAGAAUUGAUUUCAUAAUGUAUUUGAAUGGAUUUUCAUGGAUUUCUUUGUUAAAAAUACAAAGGCCCAAAUCCGAAGGAAAACUUCCGGAUUUGUAAAUACUAAUCCGAGAGAAUUUGAAAAAUUGUAUAUUUUACUUGGAUUUAUAAAUACUGCAUGAAUUUCUAAAUCAAUCAAAAUAUAUAAACCAAUAACACAAUCUAAUCAGCCAUCAGAAAUGGUGGCCAGAACUGGUUAUUCCAAUUGUGAAUUGUUUAUUAACUU